AUGGUACAAGCUACGGAGCGUCCUGAGCAGAAGAAUGCUUCGACCGAAAGAAGUCGCCGACUUUACUCCGGGUUUCAAUAAAAUUAUCGGCGAUUUUAUUCACUGAUUACGAUCAGUUCGAGAGCCUAGUGGGUCAGAGAAAGAAAACGAAGUUUGUGAACUCGAUAAUAGACUUUCCAAGUGGUCGUUUAAAUCUGUGGCGGAGGUGUUGUUUGACGAAAGGUUUGGCUGUCUUGAAGAGGAAAUCAACAAGGGGGCACAGACCUUCAUAAAAGUCGUCGGAGAUUUUCUGGUGAAUGUGGUCGAGGUCGGUGUAGUGACAGUGUGGCGAUUUAAUCCUUAAUUACUGGGCUUCCUGUGUAUUUUAGUGCCCACGCACAUGUCAGCGGAGUUGUUAAUCCGCACAUGAUAGCGGACUUGUUUUUGUUAGGCCACCAUGUUUAUGUUGUUCAGUAUGUAAGCACGAGGUCUUAUUGAAUAAAGUCUCAAUUGUGCAAGGAUUGAACUUCUCUUUCAUUACAGUCGGUUUUUUGCCUACUUGGUUUUACAAGAUCUAGGAGACCCAGAAAUUUAA